AUGGGCACGUACUUCUCUGGAGCGGACAAUUCGCUGUCGGUCUACUUGGCUGUGACUGUAAUCUUUGGCAUUGCAAUAUUUUACAGAAACAGAAGGAACCGUGCAGCAAAAGAGUUUCCUUUCUUCUGUGGUCUCUUCCUGCUUUUUGUCUUCGAAAUCCUGUGUUUUGCUGCACUCCCAGUUUCCCUGGGCUUGGCUUUAUUCUCACUGGCAUGCCUCAUCUUUUGCCUCUGCACACGUGUCCCAACGAUGCUACCUGUGGACCGCAAAGCAGUGCUUAUCACAGGGACGGACUGUGGCAUUGGACACGCACUGGCAAAAUACCUGGACAGUUUAGGAUUCGUUGUGUUUGCUGGUGUCCUGGAUGAGAAAGGGCCUGGUGCCAAACAAUUGCGGGAGACCUGUUCUGAGAGGCUUUCUGUCCUUCAGCUGGACAUCACAAAUUCCAAACAAAUCAAGGAGGCUUAUCUUGAAGUUGCACAGAAAUUGAAAAAUGCAGAUCUUUGGGGCCUCAUCAAUAAUGCGGGGAUAUUGGGAUUUGCUGGCGACGGUGAAUUGCUUUCCAUGAGCACUUACAAGCAGUGCAUGGAUGUCAAUUUCUUUGGCCCCGUUGAGGUGGCAAAAACCUUCUUACCCUUACUCCGGAAAUCCAAAGGACGGCUUAUUAAUAUCUGCAGCAUGGCAGGAAGUAUCCCAAUGCCACGAUUUGCAGCCUACGGGGCAUCCAAAGCAGCCCUCUCCAUGUUUUCUGGAACACUGAGGCAGGAACUCUCCAUCUGGGGCAUUAAAGUAGCUGUACUUUAUCCGUCAGGCUUCAAGACAUCUAUCCAAGGAACUCCUGAGCUAUGGGAUAAGGAAGAACAGACUCUUCUUCAGAACUUGACGCCAGAUGUGAAGAAAGAUUAUGGUGAAGAUUACAUCCUUUCACUGAAGCUCUUUCUCUCACAUCUACCUUUUCUGGCUGAAGCUGACCUCUCACCAGUUCUCUGUGAUGUGUUACACGCUUUACUGGCAAAGUCGCCACAUGGUUUCUAUACUCCGGGCAAGAAUGCAUACAAAUACCUCCUCAUUUCCUGCUACUUCCCUCUUUGGUUUUUUGAUUUUUGCAUGAGGAAAAUGCUAAAUAUCCCAGGCAUACCCAGGGCUCUCAGAGACAAAAAAUAAGAACUCUUAGGAAGAACUAAGAACUUUUAGGAGGAUCCAGAGGCACAUGCAACUUUCGAAAAUUAAAGGGGGGAACAUUAAUAAGUGAUU